UCUUCCAGUUUCCUCCCUCCUAUAUAACAAUUUGCAGAGGCCUUCUCAAUCUCAUUGUGUUUUCUGAUUUGUGAUCUUCCUCAUGGCUCUUUUCACAUUCUCCUUCUCCUGUCAUCUUCUUGGCGCAGCUGCCUCAAAUUACCAGAAGAGCACCACCUCUUCCCCUUUUCUUACUGAACUCCAUUACCAGCAAAAGGACAGCAGAUCUCUCAAGCCUAAGAAAAGAAGCUCAUGGGUUUGUGCAUCACUAUCAGAGAUUGGAGAGUACCAUUCACAGAGGCCUCCAACUCCACUUCUGGACACCAUCAACUAUCCCAUUCACAUGAAAAAUCUCUCGCUCAGGGAGCUCAAGCAGUUAUCAGAGGAGCUCCGUUCCGAUGUCAUCUUUAACGUCUCCAAUACCGGAGGCCAUCUCGGUUCGAGCCUCGGCGUCGUCGAGCUCACCGUUGCCCUCCACUAUGUCUUCAGUGCUCCACAAGACAGGAUGCUUUGGGAUGUCGGACACCAGUCUUAUCCUCACAAGAUACUAACUGGAAGGAGAGACCAGAUGAAGACUUUGAGGCAAACUAAUGGUUUAUCUGGGUUCACUAAGCGUUCGGAGAGCGAUUACGAUGCCUUUGGAACAGGGCAUAGUUCAACCAGUAUAUCAGCAGCCCUUGGGAUGGCUGUGGGGAGAGAUCUGAUGGGAAGGAAGAACAAUGUGAUAGCAGUUAUUGGUGAUGGAUCCAUGACUGCAGGCCAAGCGUACGAAGCCAUGAACAAUGCAGGGUAUUUGGACUCCGAUAUGAUUGUGAUACUAAACGACAACAAGCAAGUUUCUCUGCCCACUGCUACUCUUGAUGGCCCUGCGCCACCUGUUGGGGCUUUGAGCAGUGCCCUCAGCAGGUUGCAGUCAAGCAAGCCACUUAGAGAACUGAGGGAGGUGGCUAAGGGGGUGACGAAGCAAAUUGGUGGAUCCGUGCAUGAGAUAGCGGCAAAAGUUGAUGAAUAUGCCCGAGGAAUGAUCAGCGGAUCCGGCUUGACUUUGUUCGAAGAGCUUGGCCUCUACUACAUCGGUCCAGUGGAUGGGCAUAACAUAGAUGACCUCGUCGCCAUUCUCAAAGAGGUCAAGAACACAAAGACAACAGGUCCAGUUCUCAUGCACGUCGUGACAGAGAAAGGUAGAGGGUACCCUUACGCAGAGAGAGCUGCAGAUAAAUAUCACGGUGUCACCAAAUUCGAUCCGGCAACUGGGAAACAAUUCAAGUCGAGCUCUCAAACCAAAUCUUACACGAACUACUUCGCCGAUGCGCUUGUAGCAGAGGCGGAGGUGGACAAGGACAUAGUGGCAAUCCAUGCAGCCAUGGGAGGUGGAACGGGGCUCAACUACUUCCUUCGUAAGUUCCCAGACAGGUGCUUCGACGUAGGCAUAGCGGAGCAGCACGCGGUGACAUUUGCUGCCGGGUUGACUUGCGAAGGCCUCAAGCCUUUCUGCGCCAUCUACUCUUCGUUCUUGCAGAGAGCUUAUGAUCAGGUGAUACACGACGUCGAUUUGCAGAAGCUGCCGGUGAGAUUCGCGUUGGAUCGCGCCGGCCUCGUCGGGGCUGACGGACCGACGCAUUCGGGGGCGUUCGACGUGGCCUACAUGGCCUGCCUGCCGAACAUGGUGGUCAUGGCGCCGUCCGACGAGGCGGAGCUGUUCCACAUGGUGGCCACAGCGGCAGCCAUCGACGAUAGGCCGUCGUGCUUCCGCUACCCGAGAGGAAAUGGCAUCGGCGUUCCUCUUCCUCCGGGAAACAAGGGCGUUCCUCUAGAAAUUGGGAAGGGGAGGAUUCUAAUUGAAGGCGAAAGGGUGGCGCUGCUGGGAUAUGGAACGGCGGUGCAGAGUUGCUUGGCCGCGGCUUCCAUGGUCGAACUCCAAGGCCUCAAGAUCACGGUGGCCGACGCAAGGUUCUGCAAACCACUUGACGGGAGCUUGAUUCGAAACUUGGCUAAGUCGCAUGAGGUACUCAUCACCGUCGAAGAAGGAUCAAUCGGCGGCUUUAGCUCUCACGUAGCUCAGUUCAUGGCUCUGGAUGGUCUGCUCGAUGGCAAACUCAAGUGGAGGCCUUUGGUUCUUCCUGAUCGAUAUAUCGACCAUGGAUCGCCUAGUGAUCAGCUAGCAGCGGCCGGAUUGACACCUUCUCAUAUCGCAGCGAGUGUGUUCAACAUCAUCGGACACACUAGGGAGGCACUUAAAAUGAUGUCGUAGGAAGGCAUAUUAAAAGUACUGUUAAUUUUAUUUUUAUUUUUAGUUUUAGUUUGUUUUAAUUGUGUUGAUAAAGGAGCUUUGUUUAAUCUCCAUUAAUAAACAAUAAAGACAAUAAAUAUGGAGUGCUAUAUGUACAUUUCA